CUCAGUGUGUCACGGGCAUCGGUUGUUGUGCAGUGCGGCGCGGUGAACCUCUCGCGGCUCGUGGACAGUGCCGCGACAUUAUUUUACUUUGCUUUAUUUCGUGUUUAACUUUGUUAAACAGUUAUUACAAUUAAACAAAAAUAAUUGUGUAGGAAAGACAUUGAAUGCAGAAAUAUUUAAUCUUGUCAUGGCAGCCUGAUGAUUGACAAGGAACAAGUUAUUGGACCGGGUAUCAGUGAUAAAGCAUGAUAAGAGCGCUCAGUCACUGCCUGUGUGAUAGCGUGGACUGGAAGUGCAGCAGGUCUACAUCGUGUUGUGUGAGGCUUGUUGAUACAGCCCAGCAGUCCUAGUGACCUUGACAUGUGCACGGAGUUCAAGUCAUGGAGUCUCCAGGGGAUACUAUCAGCGGCGUUAUCAAUGCCUGGAAUGACAUGAUUGAGACAGAAAAUGAGUCGAUACGAGAGAGGGUCUCAGAUCUUGAGAAGAAGGUGCUGGAACAGGGAGAUGAGAUCGUUUGUCUCCGGUCCACUUUGGCUGACGUACUGCGGAGACUGAACCAGCUGGAAGGAUCCCGUCCAGUCACCACCCCGCUCAAGAAUGGAUCUCUCAGAGCCGUGGGGAACCACACUGCCAGCAACCAUGUAAGCAGUGUUGUCCCUCAGAAGGAACUCCGGUAUCGCCCUGUCGCUGACGGCAACGGCAAAGAGCCAAUACGCCGUGUGCCGAGCUACCAGACCCCGUCCUCACUACCCCAGAGAUUGCACAAGAAUUUCGGUUCAUUACGGACUCUCAACAGGUUCCAACAGGAUACUGAAAGUUCUUUAAGAAGAAGAGUGGUACAUUACCAAUCAACGGGCUCUCUACACUCGGACUCCCCCAGCUCCAGCAGUGUGUCACCGGUGCCCACUUCACCCUCCCCCUCACCCACCCGUCCCACCGCCAAAACUCCUCCUGCCCACUCACAUGCCCCUGGCAGCUUAUCCCUCAGCAAGCGCUGGAGCUCCACCGGCGACUUCAACAGUGUCAACAGUCCCUCACACAACUCCAGGCUUGCUACAAAGUCUCUGUUUAACUUAUACAUGAAGCCCAAUACAACGCAGAACCACACACCCCAGCUCAAACAUGGCACACGUGAUGCUGCCUACAAUGAAGAGGAAGGCGCACUGCGAAUGUAUCUACGCGGACGGCCCGUCGUGUUGUACGCCCCCUCCCCUCUUGUGGACAACUACGACAUCACCAAGGUGGCUACUCCUCCUCACUCCAAGCUGAAACUGGAUUGGGUCUAUGGCUACCGAGGGAGAGAUUGUCGCUCUAAUCUGUACCUGCUGCCAACCGGCGAAAUGGUGUACUUUGUGGCAGCCAUCGUAGUUCUGUACAACGUGGAGGAGCAGAGUCAGAGGCAUUACCUCGGCCACACAGACGACGUCAAGUGCUUAGCAAUUCAUCCAAACAAGCUGCUGGUUGCGAGCGGACAGGCGGCUGGUCACGACAGCAGAGAGGGAAGGCCGCACAUCCGAGUAUGGAACUCCGUCAGUUUGAGCACUGUCUGCGUCCUUGGCAUCGGAGAAUUUGAGAGAUCUAUUGCGUGCCUUUCUUUCUCAAAAGCAGAUGGAGGAGCUUUGCUAUGUGCGGUAGAUGAGGCUCAUGACCACAGCAUCUCAGUCUGGGACUGGCAGAAGGGUGACAAAGGGUACAAAGUCACAGAGACCAAGUGCUCGGUGGACACAGUGGUAGCAGCUGAGUUUCAUCCGCUGGACCGCAACUGUAUCGUGACCUGCGGCAAAGCCCAUAUCAGCUUCUGGGCUCUGGACGCUGGUGGCACACUGUACAAGCGGAUGGGCAUCUUCGAAAACCGAGACAAGCCCAAGUAUGUCACCUGUCUAGCAUUCACGCAGACUGGAGAUGUGCUCAGUGGAGACAGCAAUGGUAACAUCAUAGUCUGGGGCAGGGGCACCAAUACCAUCUCACGGCUCGUCCGCAACGUGCACGAAGGCUCUAUAUUCAGUAUUUGUGUGCUGAAAGAGGGCAGCAUCGUGUCAGCUGGGGGUAAGGAUGGCAGGCUGAUACAGUUCGACAGUAACUUCCAGCCGACUGGAUAUGAGGCACAGAUAGCAGAACACCUGGGUGGAGUGCGUACAGUAUCGGAAGGAAGGGGAACCCAGCUUCUGAUUGGUUCAACACGCAACUGCAUCCUGAUUGGCUCACUUGAUGUAGGCUUCAGUCCUGCGGUUCUUGGUCAUACAGACGAGUUGUGGGCGCUGUCUCCGCACCCCUCCCUCUCGCAGUUUCUCACUGCUGGGUUCGAUAAGAUAGUGCAACUCUGGGAUUCUAUGUCCCGCUCAGUGGUCUGGAGCAAGGAUAUUGCUGAGCAAGCGCAGUCAGCUGCAUUCUCCCCAGAUGGUAGUGUGAUAGUGAUUGGUGGUGUGACAGGUCGUUGGCUAGUCAUGGACUCUGAGACCAGAGAAAUAUACUCUGUUCACACGGAUGGCAUGGAACCUAUACAGGUAGUGAGAUUUUCACCCGACUCCCGAUACCUGGCUCUCGGCUCACGAGACAACAACAUCUACAUCUACCAAGUGGGGGAAGAUAUGCGCAAAUACAGCAGGGUCGGCAGAUGCACGGGGCAUUCCAGUUUCAUAACCCAUCUGGACUGGUCAGCAGACAGUCAGUACCUACGUAGCAACUCAGGCGACUAUGAACUGCUCUUCUGGAAUGCCGGUUUGUGCCGCCAAGUGCCUCAGAGUGCGUCCAUGCGUGAUGUAGAAUGGUUCUCUCAGAAUUGUGUCCUCUCUUUCUCCACCAUCGGAAUCUGGCCAGAGAAUGCUGAUGGAACUGAUGUCAAUGCUUGUGAGCGAUCUCAUGAUUCAAGGCUUCUAGCCACUGCAGAUGAUUUUGGCAAAGUCAAGCUCUACUCAUAUCCUGUCACACAGCCUAGAUCACUGAGUCACAGCUAUGGGGGCCAUUCAAGUCAUGUGACAAAUGUAACUUUCCUGUUCGACGAUUCUCGCAUCAUCUCCAUUGGCGGCAAGGACACAUCUGUGCUGCAAUGGAGGAUCACGUAGUCGCAUCAUCACUUCUGACUCUUAAGUGACCUUGUAUCCACGCAGCGUCCACUCCUUUUCACACCCGUCCUUUUUAAAGGCGCUACGUAGAUUUAGUGUAAAUUGUAUUCUAUUUUAAAAUAAGCUUACUUUUGAGUUUUGUCUGUAGUUUCUAAAUAAUGUUUUGUCAAAAUGGAUUUUGCCUUAUAUUUCUCUGCAAUCGUCUGCAAAGUUAAUUGUUCAUGACAUUCCAGUUUUAAUACAAAAUAUUUUUUUUAUCAAUUCCAUGAUAACAUAUUGUUUUUGAAUACCAAUUCAACAAUAUUUAAUACAAAUGUAAACAUCGCUAAACCAAAAUAUUCUUUUUCAAAUUAGUGCAAACAACUAGUUAGUUGUCAAUGGUGCAUUUAUUUACAUUGCUUAAACAUUACGAAAUCAGAAUUAUCCUUUAAGUUGCACUGCUGAGUGUUUCCUUUAAGUUCUAGAUGUAGGUAGCUAAAACUGUUGUACUUUGUUAAAGAAUGCAGGUUUAUGCUUUCGAUUUCUGAUUAAAUAAUUUUUAAUAUUAUUUAAUGCCAUAUCAGACUGAUAGGACAGGAAUUUAAAUUUUAUAGGGCAACCUAUUCAGUCAUGGCAUUCACUAAUGACAAGUAAGGGGCCCAACAUUUGUUCAAAUCUUCCUUAAAAUGUUGUUUCAUUAAAAUUAUAGAAUAAACAUCAUUCAAUUGGCAUUGCAUGUAUUGGCUUAAAAUAAUAACCAUAUAAUUUACAAUGAAACAAAUUAUAGAAAGUAAUUUUGAUCUGGGAUACUUUUGAACAUUUCCUACAAUAUAAUAGUAUAUUUACAACAGUAAGAUUUAAAUCACCAUUCUAACUCAGCUUGUGUAUAAAAUUUUAAAAAUAUUUAAUGUAAAUUUAAUGUUCUAAAUGUAUAUAUUAGUUAAUUUUAAUUUAUUACAGUAUCAAAUUUCAAUUAGUUGAAUUUGUAUUAUUUUUUGGUUCAGAAGUAUAGCGUGAAAAUGCCAUAUACUGUAUACAUAUUGCUUCAGACUAAUCCUUUAUAAAACAAUGUAUAAAACAUGGUUAAUGACUGUAUAAAGUAUUAUUCUUAUUAGUCACUUUUUAACAGUAGUUUUAUUUAUUUAGAGUACUGUAAAAUAAAACCUUGUUUUGGAAAUAA